AUGAUAUUCGCACUCUUCUUCGUCUGCACGCGCAUCUCCCAGAUUGUCACACUGAUCCCGGCCAUGGGCAUGCUCGCCUGGUUCAUCAACGUCUUCGUCGGCCACAACGCGCUGACGCCCGACCCCAUCCUCAUCCUCUUCAUCCUCGUCGUCCUCGCGCUCGCCUGGGCCGUCUUCACCCUCCUCAGCUACCGCCGCUCGUCGGCCAGCGCGCGCUUCGUCUGCCUCGUCGACGCCUGCUUCAUGGGCGCCCUCAUCGCCGGCGUCUACGAGAUGCGAGGCAUCGCCGACGCGACGUGCUCCUCGAGCCCCGACGCCGGCUCCGUCUGGUUCGCGCCCGCCCACGUCCCCGUCCCCAACUGGGGCUGGGAGGCGGACAAGCCGUGCGCCAUGCUCAAGGCCAGCUGGGCCUUUGCCAUUAUGAACAUUGUCUUCUUUGCCGCCACGGCCCUUGCCGCCUACAGCCACGGCGACGAGCUGGCCUACGGCGGCGCCCGGCGCGAGAUCGUCGUCGAGCGCCGCCGCCACCACCACCACCACCAUUCCAGCCGUCACGGGCAUCGUCGCCGCAGCCGCUCCGGCGGGUCUCGCCGCAGCAGCCACCGGAGCCCGCACUCUCAUCGGAGGGUCUACGUCUGA